AUGCCUGUCUUAGAGAUUACUCAGCUUCGUCUGAAGAGUGUUCCCGCCAACAACCCUUCACUGCUCCAAAACCUCUCAGCGGUGCGAGAACAAUUGCAGACCAAGUCUCAAUUCUAUACAUGCACCGAAGACUCCACGAAGCUGUAUAUUCUGGGCAUAUGGCGAGAUGUGAAUCAACAUCUUGACUUCCUCGCUUCUCCAGCGCGAGACGAAGUUUUGGGACCUCAGGAGGACAUGCUUGACUUCGAAUGGACAGUCCACAUCGAAGUAGACGGAAUGGAAUCAUUGCCGCUAGAUGCUCCAGUCUUAGCUAUUGAAAGACUGGUCUUGAACGGGAAUGGCGUGCUCGUAUUCGAACAGGCUAUUGAGGGAUAUGUGCAACAGCUCCAGGGCAACACCUCGUUCAAGAUUGUUCACAAUUGGCGCUGCGACACAGCAUCGCCGAAAGCUGAGGCAGUCUUCUUGACUGGAUGGCAGAACGUAGAAGACGAUGUCGGCUUCUCGAAGAGGUUGCGGGAUCGCGGCGGCCUCGAGACUGCAGGCAUUGUCGGACAGAUACUGCUGCAUCAUGCUAAGAAUCUUGAGCGGAAGGAUGUGUAA